AGCUGAUUUUUUAAAUGAUGUUUAUAAAACGGAUCCUCGAGAACAAGAAUUCACUUUUGCCGGUCUGGUGAUGUGACUGAAGCCCGACGAGAGUAGUCAAAAACUGGAAGCUACUAGUUCAGCAAGCACUCCUAUAAUGAUGAGACAUCAUUGAUUCAUUCAGACAUUAAUUCCAGUGUGAAUCUCGUCAGACUCCUCGAGCUUGCAGGUGGAUUUCCAACAGUGAAGAUGGGAGGUGGAGGUCAGCAGACAGAGCCGGUCAGCGGCAAAGGGACUGGUUUUUUCACCUGGGAAGAGGUGCAGAAGCACAGCAACAGGAACGAUCAGUGGCUGGUGGUCAAACGAAAAGUUUACAACGUCACAAAUUGGGCCAAAAGACACCCAGGGGGGUUUCGAGUCAUCAGCCACUAUGCAGGAGAGGAUGCCACGGAGGUGUUUGCUGCUUUUCAUCCAGAUCAGGACUUUGUUCAAAAGUUUCUAAAGCCUCUGCACAUUGGAGAGUUGGCAGCAACAGAGCCCAGCCAGGACAGAGAAAAGAAUGAUUCCAUAAUAAAAGAUUUUGAUUCCCUGCGAGUCCAGACAGAAAAAGAAGGUUUGUUUAAGGCUAAGCCUUUGUUUUUCCUCCUUCAUCUGGGUCACAUCAUACUGCUGGAAGCACUCGCAUGGCUCUCUGUUUGUUACUGGGGAACCAGCUGGACAAUGACUUUCCUGUGUGCAACACUGCUGGCAACUGCUCAGGCACAGGCAGGGUGGUUGCAGCAUGACUUUGGUCAUCUAUCUGUCUUUAGGAAGUCUAAAUGGAAUCACCUCGUACACAAAUUUGUCAUUGGACAUUUAAAGGGAGCUUCAGCCAAUUGGUGGAAUCAUAGACAUUUCCAGCAUCAUGCCAAACCCAAUAUCUUUAGGAAGGACCCUGAUAUUAAUGUGAUGGACGUCUUUGUACUUGGAAACACUCAACCAGUAGAGUAUGGAAUAAAAAAGAUCAAGAAAAUGCCCUACAAUCGCCAACACGAGUAUUUCUUCCUUUUGGGUCCACCUCUACUCAUUCCAGUAUUCUACAAUUUUAACAUAUUUUACACCAUGAUUACCCGUCGUGACUGGGUGGAUCUGUCUUGGGCAAUGACGUAUUACUUUCGCUACUAUUUCUGCUUUGUACCUCUGUAUGGCUUCUGGGGCUCAUUUGCACUCCAGUUGUUUGCCAGAUUUUUGGAGAGUCACUGGUUUGUGUGGGUAACUCAAAUGAACCAUUUACCAAUGGAGAUGGAGCAUGAGAAGCGGCAGGACUGGAUGACCACACAGCUGGUGUCCACUUGUAAUGUUGAACAGUCCUUCUUCAAUGACUGGUUCUCUGGACACCUCAACUUUCAAAUUGAACACCACUUGUUUCCCAGGAUGCCGCGUCAUAACUACCACUUGGUGGCGCCACAAGUCCGUGCACUGUGUGAGAAACAUGGAAUUCCUUAUGAGAUGAAAUCCUUAUGGAGAGGCAUGGUGGAUGUUGUGAGGUCUCUGAAAAAGUCAGGGGAUCUGUGGCUUGAUGCAUAUCUUCAUAAAUGACAAAAUGGGCCUGGAAGGAGGUGUUGCAUAAAAUUAGAUAGCACAUUUUAGCCUUUGAGAAUUCCUGUAUUCAUACUAGAAUCCUCUUUCCUUUUUGCAGGUGCUGAAAAGGAUUUUCUGUUGAUACAUAGGUGUUCAUUUAAUGUAAUUGUUAGAGGUCUUUUUUUGUUGUUGUUGCUAAAUUUUUGAGGAGAGGGGAUGAUUUCAAACAAAUUUUACCUUGAAACAAUUACAGAUACAAGAAGGGAGCAUUAUUAUACUCCUGAUUCAAAAAGUUUAGGAUUUUUGACUUUCAGAUGAAAUUUGAGGAUUUAACUAAAUGUCAUUUGAUCAUUUUGACCUCAUUUCAGCUCAAGUUUCUUCAAAAAUGAUGGAAGAUCAUGUUAGCAGACAAAUCUGUUAGUAAACAGCACAACGUGCCACUGUCACUCUCAGUGAAUUUAUAACUAGUUUCUGUUCAAUGACGGUUGUUAGCUUUUUCUUUUUUAAUCAAAUACAUUGCUAUUGCUUUCUUUUAAUAAAAUGUCCUACUUCACAACAUAAUACCUUGGUUGGAUAGACUUACACUGGUGCAAAAUUUCACCUGAAAGUCCUAACUCGGCUAACUUUCUUUGAGUAAUGUAUACUGGGGAAUUAUAAGCUCUGUGUAGAUUUUCAAUAUUUUUUGGAAUAUUUUCUUUAUGAAAUUGUCUUUGUCAACAAAAGUCAUUAUUUCCUUUAAUACACAUAGUUGCCCACUCUGCAACCUUCAUAAUACCGUCAUGACAAAACAAAUAAACAAAAUAUAAACCAA